GGAUAAGCAGAGCGACACGUUGCUGCCAAUUCUCCAUAACCAAGGAACAAGUUUCCGGGUGGGGAUCACUGGAAGGGCUCAGUGAGCACCCCUAAUUAACCUGAUUUUUUGCUGAUAAUCACUCUCAAUGGAAUCAAAUCAAAAAUCCGGGGAUGGAUUGAGCGGCAGUCAGAAGGAAGCAGCACUCCGCGCACUCAUUCAGCGCACAGGAUAUAGCUUGGUCCAGGAAAAUGGACAAAGAAAAUAUGGCGGACCUCCCCCUGGCUGGGAUGCUGCACCUCCAGAACGGGGCUGUGAAAUUUUUGUUGGAAAACUCCCCCGGGACCUUUUUGAGGAUGAGCUCAUCCCACUUUGUGAAAAAUUUGGUAAAAUCUAUGAAAUGAGGAUGAUGAUGGACUUUAAUGGAAAUAACCGAGGCUACGCUUUCGUCACGUUCUCCAACAAGCAGGAGGCCAAAAAUGCCAUCAAGCAGCUGAAUAAUUAUGAAAUUAGGAACGGACGCCUCCUUGGGGUUUGUGCCAGUGUAGACAACUGUCGACUAUUUGUUGGGGGAAUCCCCAAGACCAAAAAGAGGGAAGAGAUCUUGUCGGAGAUGAGAAAGGUCACAGAAGGUGUGGUCGAUGUUAUCGUCUAUCCCAGUGCCGCGGACAAAAACAAGAACCGGGGCUUCGCUUUUGUGGAGUAUGAAAGUCACCGAGCUGCAGCCAUGGGCAGGAGGAAACUGCUCCCAGGGAGAAUUCAGUUGUGGGGCCAUCCCAUUGCAGUAGACUGGGCAGAACCAGAAGUAGAAGUUGAUGAAGAUACAAUGUCUUCUGUGAAAAUCCUUUAUGUGCGAAACCUCAUGCUGUCUACGUCUGAAGAGACCAUCGAAAAGGAAUUCAACAAUAUCAGACCAGGUUCCGUGGAGCGAGUGAAGAAAAUCCGAGACUAUGCCUUCGUGCACUUCAAUAAUCGUGAAGAUGCAGUGAACGCCAUGAAGGCUUUAAAUGGGAAGGUAUUGGAUGGUUCUCCUAUUGAAGUGACAUUAGCCAAGCCAGUGGAUAAAGACAGUUACGUGAGAUAUACUCGAGGCACAGGUGGCCGGGGCACCACCCUGCAAGGGGAAUACACUUACUCACUGGGACAUAUUUAUGACCCAGCCACAACCUAUCUGGGAGCACCUGUCUUCUAUGCCCCACAGGCCUAUGCAGCCAUUCCAAACCUCCACUUUCCAGUGGCCAAGGGACACCUCAGCAACAGAGCCGUCAUCCGGCCCCCUUCUAUCAGAGAAAUUUACAUGAAUGUCCCUGUAGGGGCUGCGGGAGUUAGAGGCCUGGGCGGUCGUGGAUAUUUGGCCUACCCGGGCCGGGGGCGUGGCUAUCAGGUCAAAGGAGACAAGAGGGGAGAAGACAAACUCUACGACAUUUUACCUGGGAUGGAGCUCACUCCCAUGAAUCCAGUUACCUUAAAGCCUCAAGGGAUUAAACUCGCUCCUCAGGUCUUAGAGGAAAUCUGCCAGAAGAACAACUGGGGACAGCCAGUGUAUCAGCUUCACUCAGCCAUUGGUCAAGACCAAAGACAACUUUUCCUUUAUAAAAUCUCCAUCCCGGCUCUUGCCAACCAGAACCCAGCAAUUCACCCUUUCACCCCUCCAAAACUCAGUGCCUUUGUUGAUGAAGCCAAGACAUACGCAGCUGAGUACACCCUUCAAACCCUGGGCAUUCCUAUGGAGGGAACUGAGGCUCUGCCAGCUGCUGCUGCCGCUUUUCCAGGCUAUGCCAUCGCCAAUGCAGCGGCCACUGUGACUGCGGCCCAGCUAAAGCAAGCUGUGACCCUGGGCCAAGACUUGGCAGCUUAUGCCACGUACGAAGCCUACCCUGCCUUUGCCAUGGCUGCUCGCGGGGAUGGAUACGGGGCCUUUUGAGGACUGCUGUUUGUAUGUUUGUUUUUUAUUUAAAAACAAGAGACACAGAGCUCGACGGAGACAAAACCUCCCCUAACUCUCCUAAUUUUUCUACAUAAUUCUAAAAUAAUCCAUUUCCUAGACUUUCUUACUCAUCAGCCGGUGGGGUUGUUUUAGCGUGUGUUUCCAAAAUUAAAUCAAAUGGUUGUGAAUCCAUUUUCUACUGUGGGAAGGGAAGUAACUCUGGCCCCAGGAGAUAUCCUAUAUUAUUGGAGACCUUCGGUGUCCCCUUGGUUUGAUUACAAAAGACAGUGUAGACUGGAGUCAGAUAUUUUGGUCAGUAGGAGGCAUGAGCUGAGCCAUUUAUAGAGGCGGGGGACCACAAAGGGUGACCAGCAACUCGGACCAAACACCAACCUAACCAUGGGGUGCCAGCUCCCAGAGGACUAACAUUCCGUGGUCCUUCUCCAGGACUCCAGCUCUACCCUGGGCUCUGUUUACAGACACGGCCUAGUCAAAGGCCAGGAGAGACUUCCCUAGCAAUCAGUGCUAGAUCUUUCCACUCUACCUGCCCAAGACCAAUACCUUUCUAGUAAACUCAGGGCCUCUCCGGAGCCUCCAUAAAGGCAUUGAAAGCACCCUGGGACCCCACUGGAGAUCAGCAGACACAGAAUGGCUCUACCUCUGGGCUAUUGCCUCCAUUUUCAACUCAGUUCCAAUAGACUCCUAGGUAGAUUUCUUUUGGAUCUGUUUCGUUUAGGCCCUAUUCCUAUUCAGGAAAUGAGGCGAGAUCCCAGUUUGUUCCUAAGUCUCUGACCUAGUCUUUCUUAGCAGAUUGUAAGCUCCUCAAGAGGAGAAUUUGUCAUCUUUUUCUUCUUUGUAUCUCCCUGCCUGUAAUAGUUCCCUGUACAGAUGCCAAUACAUCAGACUUACUGUUUAAUUGGUGUGGCAAAUCCUGGCAUGAUAAAUCCCUCCACUGAGGUAAAUAGCAACCCUUUUAUAACUUAUAGUCUAAGAAAGUUGCCUGAGACUCAGAUUAAACUUCUUUCCCACUUCUAGCAUCAAAGGUGGAAUUUCAACCCAGAUAUUCCUUAUUUCAAAGCCAGCGCUCUAUUCAUUAUGUGAUUAAUUAGGAGAUUAAUUCACGCCUCCCAAACUGUAUUUCUAGCUGCAGAGAACUGGGUGAAUACAUGCCUUUACAGCAGGAAGAUAGAGGAAGGAGUUAUUCCUUUUUUCUGGAUCUUAUGAACCAUCAAGUUCUCUUAGGUUUGUCCUUGGCCCUUCUUUCAAAUCCAACCAUAUGACAACGAACAUGAGAUCUCCCUGCCUUAGCUUUCUUCCUGUUCCCAUAAGCAUCAAACAACCUUGUUAAAUCAGAGUUAUUUUUUCAUGCUGCCUCCCCAAGAAAGCUUUCUCCUCCAUCCUCCCAACAAUCACAAGCUAUGUUUCCAGAGACUGGGUUCCCUACCACCAUUCCAAAAAGUGGAGCAUACUCCCACUUCUCCAGGUACACUGAUGGGGAGCAGAGGAGCUGGGAGAUAAAGACAAGGUGCCCCAAUCCCCCCAUUUGCAGAAUGAUGGUUUGUGAAUCAGAUCAAGCAGCCUGUGUGCUUUGGGCCCACUCAGGCACCUAUUUCCUGGAUGAGGCCCCCCCCCUUCUAGUUUCAUUAAUGGAAAAUCAAUAAAACAUACUCAAAUUCCCAUUCAGAAAUCCCUGGGUCCCCAUAAACAUUUAUAAGACACAAAUCAAAAGACUGGCUGAAAAUGAUGUCAGAUCCCGAAAGGGAUAAUGGGAUCCCAAAGCAGACCCAGGCUGACCUUGUCCCCAUGAGCCCCCAGGCACUGCCUAGCCCAGCAGUAAAAACACUGUUAGAAUCUACUGGCAACAUGUGCCUUAAAAGCCCCAAAGUGUCCCGCCUCUCUGUCUCUCCUUUUGGCUCUAUCUCACCAAGUACAUUUUGCUUUUCAAUCCUCUGGGAAAUGGGACUCCAAUUUGGAUCCAUUUUCCUUUCAGCACAAACCCUUUCUCUUUGAGUUCAUAAUUCCUUCUCUUUCCAUCAAAUCCAAUUCAAUCUGACAAAUGUUUGUUAAGCACCUACUAUGUGCCAAGUACUGUCUGAGGCACCCAGAACCCUGAGCAAGUCAGGACUUCUCAGUGCUCUGAACAACUCAGUAAGACUUUAAGUUGAAAAGAAUGUACUGACUUGCUUUUGGGGAGGGUGUUUUCCUCACCCAGGGAUACUCUCUACCAAUGAAAUCACGUGUCUAGACUCUGUAAUAUAAAGACAGUGAAAAAAAAACAAGCAAAACCAAGCCAAGGGAUGAAAAUAAUUCACCUCUUAAUAGAAAACAUUGCAUCCCACCUUCCUAUCAGUUCUGCUGACAAGAGAUUGGAAUUGAGAAAUAUUUCUUAGGGUGAGAAAAUUUAUCAUUGGGCCAAGACACAAAAGGUAUUUUCUUAAUAAAACAUAAAAUUGUAGAUUUAGAGCUGCAAGGAAUUUUGGAGGAUGUCU